AUGGCCCCCUCGUCCAACGGCGACUCUCCGCAUUCAGCAACGGCCAGUUCCAUGACGACUGCUGUCGCCGCCGCCUCGGCUCCUGGCGCCCAUGGCGCGCCCCCGGUCGUCAGGCAGUAUCAAAUUCCAAACCGCGACUUCACUGUUGAGAUCCCGGCUCCCGGGAUUGCUGCGGCCGCCGCCAAUGGCGCAACGUCUUUGAAGUCUCCAACCUCAUCCUUGAAGUCCGCCGCUCGGACUCCGAGUUUCACCCGUGAAGGUAUCCUCGGCUCGGCGCAAAAGACUCGGAAUAUGUCGCAAGCAGCCACUGCCACACCUGCCACUGCUACGACUGCCACUGCAACAACCGAUACGAGACCAGACAGUUCUUCGAACGGUAUUGUCGCAAAACCGCCUUCUGAAGAGAGUGUAAAUCCCCUCAAGAGGAGAAACCCCGAUACCGGAGUCGACUAUCCCCGGAGGAGAGCAACUAUUGCGAUGACCCUGGUAAACCAGCAGCACAACGGCAUCGGUCUAUCGCACGAUUCGCCAAACAUGAGCAAUGGCACAGCCUUGAGCGGAGAAAACAUGAUGAUGCAGAACCCAACUAAUUUCGUCUCUAUCAUCCCCAAUGGCGGCUUUGGGACCUGGUCUGCGACAUCCAACAGCCUCUCAACCAUGCCGAAAGUACACACGAACGCUGCUCUUCACCUUCUUCAAUGGCCGCUGAUUCGGGACUUGGUGUCUCGGCCGUAUGACCCGCAGAUUCUCCUUCAGCUGGAAAUGGCCCGCGAGCCGCUUCAUUCUCUAGCAAAGACACCCUGCGUCGACCUUUCCAAUACCCAAGCCUACAUCGAAGCUUACUUCGACCGAGUCAACGUAUGGUACGCCUGCGUGAACCCUUACACCUGGCGCAGCCACUAUCGGAGUGCAUUGUCAAACGGUUUCAGAGAAGGGCCCGAGAGCUGUAUCGUGCUGUUAGUCCUUGCGCUCGGCCAGGCCAGCUUACGUGGGAGUAUAUCAAGAAUUGUUCCGCAUGAAGAUCCACCAGGGCUCCAAUACUUUACGGCUGCAUGGUCGUUGCUGCCCGGCAUGAUGACGUCUAACAGCGUGCUCGCGGCACAAUGUCACUUGCUGGCUGCUGCUUACCUCUUCUAUUUGGUCAGACCUCUCGAGGCCUGGAAUCUUCUCUGCACUACAAGCAUGAAGCUACAGCUUCUUCUCAUGACUCCAAAUCGUGUCCCACCUGACCAAAAGGAGCUGAUCGAGAGAAUCUUUUGGAAUGCACUUCUCUUCGAAAGCGACCUUCUGGCCGAACUCGACUUGCCUCACUCGAACGUCGCUCAGUUCGAGGAAAAUGUUGGGCUACCUUGCGGCUUUGAAGGUGACGAGAACGAGGCUGUCGGACGGGACGAUUUAUGGUAUUUUUUGGCUGAAAUUGCGCUACGGCGACUGUUGAAUCGUGUCAGCCAGCUUAUCUACUCGAAGGAUUCGAUGGCAUCGACGACCAGUCUGGAACCGGUCGUUGCGGAGCUUGAUUUCCAGCUGACACAGUGGUACGAGAGCUUGCCGGCGCCGCUCCAGUUCCCAUUUACAAGAACCAUGCUCCCGGAUCCCGUGCAAACGGUGUUACGCUUGCGCUUCUUCGCCUGUAGGACCAUAAUCUACCGGCCUUACAUUCUCGCUGUUUUGGAUAACGAACAGGCCAUACUGGAUCCCACGGUUCGGGACAAUUGCACUAAGUGUCUUGAAGCAUGCAUUCGGCAAUUGGAGCACAUCACAGCUCAUCACGCCGGACACAUGCCGUACCUCUGGCAAGGCGCGCUCUCAAUCGUCUCUCAGACUCUGCUGGUUAUGGGAGCCACGAUGUCACCGUCGCUGUCCACUAUUCUUUGGAGUCUUGUCCCUCACCGUGAGGCUAUUGACCAGAUCAUCAACGAUGUGGUCAUGGAGAUCGAACGCUACGCUGUUCUUUCACCCAGCCUCAGCUUGGCGGCCGAGAUCAUCAAGGAAGCUGAGGUCAGGCGUCGGGCAUUCCUCAGCGGUUGA